AUGCCUCAACAUAUUCCAAGCAAGUACAAUAAAUUCAACUCUCAUCUCUCAGCCAUUGAUGAUCUGGAUGAAUUUUAUACGAGGAAUCCAUACGAUAUUUUUGAUCGUUAUUGUGAAGAGGACAGCUUUAUGGUUUUUAAUAGAAUAAUUCCUUUCGCAUUGAUUCUCUAUUCAGAAACUGAAAAGAAAUUUAUUUUCCAGAAUAGUUUGAUAGAUGUGUGCCCUAUGAAUACAUCUCCAAAGUAUAUACUUGCUCAAUUUAUGGAAAAAUCUCGUUAUAACAGAUUUGGAUUAAUUAGGUUAGGUCAAUUAGGGUUUAAGAUUGGGUAUUCUUUCUUGAAUCUUGUUUCUGAAAGAAAGGAAAUAUGUGAUAGUUUAUAUUUGUACCACUCAACUGUUUUAUCUAUUCAGAAAUACUCAAAAUCUAGUAUUGAAUUUUAUGUUUCAGACAAUAAUAACUUUACAAAUUUGAAAAUUGCAUUGUGUCAAGAAAAUAUUCUGAAAACAGAGAUCAUAUACAAGACGAUAAAAUUCUCCUCGAUCCCUACUCGGUUAUGGUCUAGUCAAUCUUCGCAGGAAUCAAUAGCAGUUUCUCCUCAAAUUAUUAGAAAUGGUCACAAAGAGAACAUUUAUUUAGACAACUCAAUCUCUCUAUUUCAUUACAAAAAUGAUACCCAAAAUAUUGAAUCUAUUUGUUCACAUGAAUUUGAGCAUCGUUAUAUUUUAUUAGUCAAUCAGAAUAACAAUGAAAUUUUUAUAAUGAGCUUCCUUGACACUCUUGAAUUUUACAAAAUGGAACCAUCACCAUGUUAUAACACAUAUGAAAUGAAACCAGUUCAUUUUGAAAACGUUGAGGAAAUUAACGUAACAAACAAGGGUGUAACCUCAUGUCCUUUAACAGGUAGCAAAUAUCUGGUAUUUUUCUAUAGGUACGAUGAUGAUGAUGAAUCUAACAUGAAAAAUGUAACAUAUCAGGAGUUGUUUACUACUGAUAAGGGGAUGUGGAUGCUCGUAGAUUUAAACUCAAACAGUGUCGAGAGGGUUUAUCCAAUUAUUUAUGAUUUAGAGAAGGAAAAGCUACCUAUAGUUUCAUCUGAUGGUUUCCAAACAGUUACAAAAAGAUUAACAAGAAGAUGGAUCCAUAUGCAAGAUGGUGAUUUGAAUGGUGGGUGUACUGAUUCUUUUUUAAUCGAUGGCACCAAACAUUCUAAUGGCCCCUUUAUCAACCAUGACCCUAUUUCUCCAAUCCGAUUCUCUGAUGGAUUUCUACCAGAAUAUUCAUCCCUAUUUGCAUUUAGACCAUUUCCAUAUAAUUCUGAACUAUUUCAAGUCCAUUUAUCAUUUCCUUUCUGUAAAGAUUAUUCAGACUAUAAGUACACAAAGAAGGAUUUAGACAAGUAUGGAUUUUCCUUUAGAUUUUAUUUCAAGUUUUAUGAGGAAGCAACUUUUACUUUAUUUGAAAGAUUAUUGGAAUUUGAAAGAGAAGGUCAAUUUUCAGAUAUCUCAAUUUCAAGUGAUAAAUGAGACAUGGUCUAGUGAAGGAAUUAAAAUUUGGUUUGGCUACUAUUCAAUAUAGUGAUUUGAUUUAUAGGUUUUUUGGAGAUUUAAUGGUCAGGGGAAGAACAUUUGGAAGGCUAUUUGACAAUUCAGAGAAUUUACAAUCACAAUUCCAAGCAGUAACAAAAAAUUUUGUUAAAAAAAAAUAAAUAAACAAUUUAAUCUC